UUUGUGUACGGCGAGAGGCGGAAAGAGUCGACUUUAUUCGAAAGGAGUGAGACGCCUUCGGUAUGGCCUAGUUCGGUGAAUGCAGGGAAGGUGGUGUCCAGUAUAUUCAACAGUGAAAUUACUGUUUAUAAGAAGGUGCAGGCAGCAUAAAGGUUAACUGGUAAACAAUGGCUGAAGAUGAAGCAAGAGAAGAGAAUGUGGCUGAUAUUGACUUUUCUCAGAUAAGAACAUCUAUUCAAUUAGGCGGUCGCAUGAUUGAGCAAAUCUUGAAUAGUGUUCACUACGGUUCCCCAGAAGUUAGAUGCUUGUUGCUUGAUGAGUGUGAUAUCAUACUUGAAUGCAGAGUGUGUCGUGGUUUAUUUCGUGCUCUCCCAAAUUUUGUUGCCCAUAAACGUGUUUACUGUAAACAGGCAUAUAUCAUGACCCACCAGAGCAUGUUUGAUAGUUUGCCAGAGGAUGAGGUUGUAGUCGUUCAACCAACAGCUCCAGAAGAUAUGCACACAAAAACAGACGAAGAUAGAACUUGCCAUAAGUCAGCAGAUGAUAGAGUGAGAGAUACCAUUACUCAAAUUAAUUGUGGACUUUUGGGAAAGUCAGAGAUGUAUAAGCUAUAUUCUAAAGCUGCAGAAAAAGUUGAUCGACCAAAGAAAACAAAAAAAACUCUUAGUGUUGUUCUUUCUCAAAUUGCAUCAAAUUCCAAUGCCGUGAGAGUAUCUUGUGAAGAUAUUGAUGAGGCCUCAAGGCAAAGUCUUUAUAAAGUACAAGCACCAGCUUGCAUCACGGAAGCCUCAACUUUUAAGCCUGAAAUUCAAACUUUGACAGAUUUUUCUUCCCCUUUACCCUCUGUAGUCAAAUCAGAUGUGAUGGAUGCAUCAGUGAACCUGAUUCAGUCUGAUUUGAAUAAAAACAUGUGUGAUUCUAUACAGCAAACGCCCACUCCCCUUUCACCAGACAUUUUGCUAAGUCCAAUGGAUAUCCCACAGGAAGAGGAAAAUAUAUCAACACAUGCCACAGAACUCAAUAAUUCUGAAAAGAUAAUAUUGAGAGAAAGGAAAUUUGAAAAGGGAGAAACAAAUGUUAGCAAUACGUAUAAUGUUGCAUUACUAAAGUGUCUUCAAUGCAAUGUGACAUACUCAUCCAGUAAAACAUUAAAAUAUCAUAUACAAAAAAGACAUUCUGGUUUGCGCACUUUCUUCCCUUGUCCAUAUUGCUCAAAUGUCUUCUUCUACUUCUGGGGUUUGACAAGACAUUUGCGUGUAAAUCACAAGAAAACACAAAAUCAGAUCAAUAAGAUGAGGACAAUCUUGCGAGAAUCUGCGUUCACAAAGAAUGUAACCAAGACAUGCAUUCAGGCAAAGGACCAACUUGAGUUUACCACAGAUUUAAAAGAAAGAUGCAAGACAACAGAAAACGUGAUUGAGAAUGAAUCCAUGGAUGAAAAAAAAGUUGCCAAGGAGAAACGGGGGAAAAAUGUUUGCACUGCAGCCACAGUGAAGCAUACUUCAAAAUAUGUCAAGCACACAUUUGCCAGUCGGCAUGUUCCCUUGCUAGAUGUGCCUAAAAAGAAGGUGAAAACAGUACAGAAGUACUCUCAUCAAUUAUCCUGUGAGAGGUGUGACAAAGUGUUUUGGAAGAAAGGUCGCCUUACUAAUCAUAAGAAGUAUUGUUCGCAGACUAAAGUUUCUAGCUCAUCCUACAGACAAGUUCCCCAACAAAAUAUCUGUUCUUUCUGCUGCAAGUCAUUCUUAAGGAAAAGUAAUCUUGAAAGACACAGUGUUUUGUGUGAUUACAAAAGUACUACAGGUUCUAAGAUUCCCAAAACAAGUCCAAACAAGGCUAAUGAAGCUGACCAUCUCUCACCACACACAUCUCUCUCAUUCAGCUGCAUGAACUGUAAUAGAACAUUUGGAAAGAGGGUGAGCCUAGAGAAUCAUAAGCGUUCAUGUUGGAACGAAUCGACAGUGUCAAAACCCAUUUGUCAUGCUGUUGACAGUUUAAUUACAGACAAAGAAUAUAAAUCUAGCAGAAGCAAUCGUUUGUUUCAAAAUGAAACUGUCACGACAGGAGAAAACAAGAUCACAUUCCAUCGACAGAGUAAGAAAGAGUCACUAACUGAAAGCAAUCAUCAGGACUUCGAGACGAAGAGGAAAAGACGGGAAGCCACUAAACAUGACAAGAAAUUACAUGUAGUUGAAGAGAUAUGGAUACACAAACAACCCGGAAGACCAUCAGAAAAGGUGAAGUCCAAUCGUAUCAUUGUGAAGGAAGAAGAUACUGACAGCAAACUUCAUUGUCUGGAUUCUGAAAAGCUCUCCGCAAUUAUUGAUGAAGCAGAGCUAAAGUGUCAGAAAUGUGGACAAGAAUUCACAAGUGUGUCGAAUCUCCGCCGUCAUGCUAUCAGACACCUUGGAUGGAAACGAUUUAAGUGCAAAUUGUGUCGCUUCAGCAGUUAUAACAAAUCUGAGUGCAACACACACAUUAUGAGAACACAUUCUGAAAAAUAUCGUCUUUCAUCAGUAGAGAGUCUCAUUGUUGACCUUAAUAGGGAAACCUCAAAAAUACAGACUGAGCCAAAAUUGCAAUCUUUAAAUGAGAAACUGUCGAAACAGACAGUAGAUAAACAACAUACUGAUGCUCCCCAAACUAGGAAAACCAAGCAAGACAAGUCAAGAGAGAAGGAUCCUGAUCCUGCCAGGAAGUUCAAUAUUUCUACCCGUAACUCACCUCGCAACUUUGACACAAGACCAUAUCAGAAAUGUGACAAUAUGACAACUCUUUUCACUCGUAAGGGUUACUAUCCAAAACCCUACCUGCAACUUGAAGGCAAGAACAGUUAUCAAGUGGAAUCACAAGGAGAAGGCAAUCAUAAAGAUACGUGUGAAGGUAGCAAAUGUAUUGGUUAUAGCAUGCGGUCAUCUCGAUUCACAUCAAAGCAGUCUGUGAUUGAGAAAGAAGGAAUCCAUGAUAAUAGCAACACAGAAUUGUCAUCAGCUUGUCAGCAAUACACAGUAAUGAAAUGUGGUGAAAAUGUAGCAACUUCAGUUGAAUCAGACUCAGAGUAUAUCAAAGCUGGCUUUGAGGCAGUGAAUGAAAAUGGUGAUAAAGUAUUUGUUCCAAAAGGAAGGAAAAAAGUCCCUUGUGAUUCCAACUUGUCUUGUUCUCAUUCCAAGCAUGACAAAACAUAUCCAAAGUCAAACUUCCAACAGGAGCAAAGGAAAACAUCCCUACUGGAUGGGAAAAGUCAAGAUUUCUUGGCUCCAUGGCCAAGAGCUUCUGAACCUAUGUCAGUUAAGGAAAUGUUUGCUUUGAUAAGAAGGUCACCAAGAGCUGGCUCUGGUAGAAGGAAGAGCACUGGGGAUAUUACAGUUUGUCAUGCACCAGACACUAAUUACUCAGAGGAUAUGAAUGUAGGUGUUCAGCCAGUAGCCACUGGCAGGUCCUCUAAAAUGAUGGAUGGAAAAGUUAAAUUAAGUGCUACUUUAGCAAGGAAGAGUUCACCAGGAAGUAGAUCAGUGUCACUUAAUCAAAGAACAAGUCGACCUGGAGUUGACUGGUCACAGAACAGUGAAGAGAAAUAAGUGAAAAACUUGGAUCAUGAUAUAAAUGCACUAAGACUGCAUUACUAAAACUUUGGUCAAGAAUAUAUAGAAAUUAAAGUUUGAUUUCAC